GUUUUAUGAUGUCAGCUAAGAGGAGUUUCUACACACAAUGUCAGCUCCCAGUCUCCAUCUCACCAGCAGCGUGAAGGCAUAGCAGUGAGGAACUGCAGAUACACCACCCUUCUUCAAAGGUCACUGUCCUGUCGCAUUGCCAUCAUCUAACUGUCUGUAACAGGAAUCACCAUGGAGAACAACCUGGAAAACAAUAUGGAACCUAAGUCGGAGCAGGACGAAAUGCAACGAUGUGCUGACCAGAUCACGGAUGAGUCUCUGGAAAGCACCCGUCGAAUGCUGCAACUGGUGGAGGAGAGCAAAGAUGCCGGGAUCAGGACUCUGGUUAUGUUGGAUGAACAAGGGGAGCAACUGGAGAGGAUUGAAGAGGGAAUGGAUCAAAUCAAUAAGGACAUGAAAGAAGCAGAAAAAAAUCUCUCGGAUCUGGGCAAAUGCUGUGGCCUUUGUUCCUGCCCCUGCAAUAAGUUAAAGAACUUUGAGGCAGGAGGAGCCUACAAGAAGGUGUGGGGGAAUAACCAGGAUGGUGUGGUGGCCAGCCAACCUGCCCGAGUGAUGGACGAUCGGGAACAGAUGGCAAUGAGCGGCAGAUACAUCAAAAGAGUCACAGAAGAUGCUCGGGAGAAUGAGAUGGAGGAAAACCUGGACCAAGUGGGAAGCAUCAUUGGUAACCUGCGACAUAUGGCUCUUGACAUGAGCAAUGAGAUUGGCUCCCAGAAUGCUCAGAUUGACCGGAUUGUGGUCAAGGGGGAUAUGAACAAAGCUCGCAUCAAUGAAGCCAAUAAGCAUGCCACUAAGAUGCUGUGAUCAGCUUCUCUAGAAGAAGCCUCCUUUCUGCCAGAGACACCCAUCCCAUUCUCCAUUGCAGCAUCUGAAAGGUCCUGGAGGGGCAAGUCCCCUGUGCUGUGAUAGGAAACCACGAGGUUCAAUAUUAUUCUGUACAUUUACAUUUAUUUUAUAAUUUCUCAGUGUCGCAGAUUUUUCCAGUUGUGUAAGGUGUAUAUUUCAGUGUCAACGUGUGUAAUUGCCUGCCCAGAGUGAAUUAAGUGUAUUCUUUUAUUUUUAAUCUCUGUGCUGACUGGUUCUUUUUAUGAAUGAAUUGUUCUCUGUAACCAUAUGACAACUUGAGCAUGAACUAAGCUCGGUGUGUGCAGCUGAAUAUGCCAAUAAAUGUACAGCAGAUUCCUAGACCCUCUUUAAAACACCAUCCUGGUGCAGUAAAGGGUCAGAGCUCCUCUGAAACUGGGACUGAGGCAGAGAUCACAGGCAACCAGAAAUAGAGGAGGACUGGGGACUGACAAAGAGCAUAAUUGGUGAUGGGAAACCUUAUUGUGAGUUCUUUCCACAGAGCAGUGUGCACCAAGGAGUGGAAACAUUCAGGUUUUGUCUUGUCGCCUAGAGGCAGCUGAGAAUUUGUUCUUGUUAGUUCUUGGCUAAGUAUGCUCCAAUAGUUUUUUCUUCAUUCUGUAUGGGAUUCAAUUUGAUGCUCAGAAUUAGAUUAUGGAGGAAUGGGUUUCAGGGCUGAGAUCAAAUGGGUCUUGAACAGAACUGAGCUUGCCUUGUUCAUUGUAAAGAGACAGCCUUCACCCUGUAUUCUUGUAGAGAAUAGGAAUUGCAUUUAUAAUUAUAUGUGCAUGUUUAGUGCACUAACAGUAAGUAUUUUUUUAAAGUUGCAAAUGCUGAAUCUCUGAUAUAACAGCAGAAAGUUCCAGAAAUGUAAUCAUUGUUUGAAAAGUAAGUAACAAUCACUAUUUGAGGUCAGACCCUUCUUUCAGAGGUAGAGUUAACAUGAACCUGUCUUCUCUCUUCCAAUUUGCUGCCUUGUUUUUGAGAUACAAGGUAACAUUCAGGGCUUUGCUUUACAGACAUAGCAGAAAUCAUUAAAAUGUUAAGCCAUAAAAAAACAUUACUUGGAAAUACCGCUCAUUUAUUUUUGCUGUUAUUUGGAGCGACAAAAUUGAAAACUGUGUGUUCUGGACCAGUUAGUCAGUGCAGCGCCAGGUAAAACUUUGUUAAAACUUCCAAUUUGAAAUUCCAAAUGCAGUAUCCAGUCUGAAGCUUUUUGCAAUAGAAACUGAUGUUACUGCCAGUCGUCCUAUUUUACCUUCAGGCAAUGAUGUCAUUUAUAUGUUAGUGAGUUUAACUUGCAGUAUUGUUAUAUUCUGAGAUUUUGACAUCUUGUGACACAGCUGCAUAUUCUUAAGUGUGGCAUCUUUUGUAUCAGACAGUUAAAAAGGAGACCUUUGGCCCAUCAUGUCUGUGCUAGUCUUUUGGUUGAUUUCACUCAGUUAGAUGCACUUCCCCGCUCUUUGCUCACAGCUUACUUUUUUGUUUUGUCCUUUUUAAGUAUUUAUCUAACUCCUCUUUGAAAGUUUCUAUUGAAUCUGUUUCCAUCACCCUCUCAGGCUGCCCUCUCAAGAUGUCAAUAUCUCACUGCAGCUAUUUAGAUAUAUAGAACUGAGUAUUGCUGGAAAUACAACAACAUUUAUCAAAGCUUGCUCUCACCAAGUCAAUUUGCAAGAAAUAGCAAUGUAAUGGGAAAACCACAUUGAUACUGCACAUACAAUGUGACAGUGUAACAUUGCUAUUUUUGCAUAUCCCUGAUAAAUGCAAGAUGAAAAUCUUCAACAAAUGUUUUUCUUCAGCAAUGCACAACUCUGUUUUAAAAAAAAUCUCAUCUCCUUCUCUCAUUCUUUUGCCAUCUCUUCACCUCCUUCACUUGACAAAUGUUUUAAAUCUGUGUCCUCUGGUAACAUGAUUUCCCACCAGUGGAAACAGUUUAAUUCUUCAUCUUUCUGGUUGAAAGGUACACUUGAAUUCACUCUCUAGAGAACAUUCCGUUCCAGCGAUGCAAAUGAGUAAGUAAGGGAGCUUGCAAUGACAUGUAACCUUAAAGAUGUCACUUCACAAACCGACUGGACAGUUCCACAUCAGAGUGACGCACGCUAAAUGCUCUUUCUCUGCUCUAGUUUUUUGUACCUAGUUCCAUCUUAAAUGACACAAGAAGUGGAAGAUUAUGGACACUCUCAGCAAGGCCACAACCCCUGGGAGGUUCUGUACAGUUUCAUUGGUGCAUUUGGCGCAUGGACCUUGGAACUCCACACAGUGGAAAACGUAUUACAGGGAACGUUGCUCUGCGGGUCAGGCACCAUCUGUGGAGAGAAACAAGAAUUAGUGGUUUCAGCUCAGCGACCUUUGUUCAGAAAAAUAAUGGAAAGCCAUCAGCCUGAAGCGUGAACUCUGCUUCUUGCUUCAUGGAUGCUGCUGAACCUGCUGAGUGUUUCCAGUGUUUCCAUUUCAGAUUUCCAGCGUCUGAAAUAUUUUCCUUUGGUUCGCAUUUGGAAUUAUGUGGACUUUGCAGUCAUAUAGUGUCAUGGAUUCUUUUUACAAGCGAACACUAAUUUAACUUCUCAGGAUGGGUCUAGGUUUCUUCUGCUCUAAAAAUCAGCGAGAGAUCAGAUGUUCCCUAAGCAGGCCAGUGACAGGAUUUGUGAUUCAUGGGGGUUCGGGAGUUGGAUGAAUCAGCACAAAAAAGAAACAGCACAAUAAACAAAAAUUCAAACUGAGGGAGUUCCAGAUACAGAGUGUCAGAUGAAACUGAAGACUCCUCAGUUUUACAAAGAUCAGUAAAACAACACUGGGGGCCACAAAAACAUUUUGGGGGCUUCAUCUAUUUUUCAUAAUUGUAAAUAUAGCAAAUAAUUCCAUAAUCCACAACCAAAGUUUAGAUGUGAAGUGGGGAGCUUUAAUUUCUGGCUGCACACAUAGGAUGCAGCUCCUUCACCAUCACAAAUUGAGGCUUUUGAUUCUUCAUUUUAAACAGUGAGGGGAGGGGGGGAUGCUGUCUCUUUAGAUGCUCGUUAACCUGUCGGUUCACUGUUACUGUGGUUACCUGAUGGUUUUCUGCACCAAUGAAAGUAGCACAAAUGUCUCUCUGCAAAUAUCAUCGCGGCUUGACCCUAACCCACCCCCAACCGGCCUUGCAAGAGAUCUGCAUGCGGCCUGUGUGGAAAUACAAAACGGCUUUGGUCGCCCUCCCUAUUCCCUGUUCCGCCAUCCAGGAGAUCUUGUGGUGCAGACGGUUUGUUACCACUCGCCCAGCUCCGAGAUCUGUUCUUCCUUCGCCAGUUUAAACUAUGCAUCUGCUAAUAGUGCAUGGCAGUGUUUGAAUCCACCGCCCUGGGAGGCUGCUCACAGCCGCAGAAUGACACCGUACCCCAUUCCCAGUUUCUGCUUGUGUUCGCUUCUUCGUAAUCUGUACCGAUACCGAGAUACAACUGGGCUUUUAAACCCUAAAGCGAAGUGGAGUCCGCUGCUAGCACCUCGCGUCAAGACCAUUCCUUCACCAUUUGUGUUGAACAUUUGAUAAAUCUUUUCCUCGCUGUUUCGUGGCUCAGCCCAUCUGUACCAUCUAUCUGAAGAUUGACAACGCGGUUUGUCGAUUUCUUCAUAUUUUGAUCCCACUCCCAGCGCCUGGAGAACUCCACCUGAGCUGAAACGUUUACGCCAAUUGAGCAUACCCCAAGAUACACCACACAAUCUGCCUCCUACUGAGCCUCAGAGAAACAAACCCUGCUCCGAUCGCCAGCUCCAGCAUCGCAGCAAAAAAGUGGGGACAAAAACGGGUCUUUGUGUAUAAAGCUGCUGAAAUCUCCCCGACCGCAUCAAGUUCCUAGGACGGUGUCAAAAUAAGUAAUAAUUCCAUACAUGUAUGAAAGGAAAAAUCAAUUUUAAAAUACCUAAAAACCACCAUGUAUUUACAAGUGAUGUUAAUGGUACGUUUUUCAUUGUGUGCACGUGCACACACCCCACCUGAUAAUACUUUAAUAAAAAAGAUUAUUUAAUUGUGUUCAUUGCUUUGUGAGCCAGACUUGUUAAUUAACGAAAGCUUGAAAAAUGUAGGAAAUACCGAAUAAUGUCAUUAUCUAUAAGAUCAGGAUAGGGAGAUCCCAGGAGUUUUAAAGGAAUCCAUUCACCUCAACUUCACUGUACCUGUUCAACACGGAUUGGCUGAAAUAGAAAUUUGCAAACUCUCUAUAUUGCACUGUGUUUGCAAUAAAAUAUUCUUUAAAAAUACUUUAUUCAUAAAACCUGAAAAAGAGAUUACAAAACAUUUCAAUUUGAAUAUUACAGAAUUUGCUAUCAAAUUCAACUUGUCUUCUGUAGAGCAUGUUCCACGUAACGCAAUUAUAACUGUCUUAAUGUUUACAUUCCAUGUCUCGUAUAUACAGCCCAAGGACCAAACAUUUCAAGUUGUAAAUUGUAAUUAAUUUAAAGCUGAUGUGGGGAUUUUCUAUGAGUGCAUGUAAUGGGCUUUAUUGGGGAGCAUUUUAUGAUGGUCAGUAAGUGUGGACACCUCCAAGAUGGUCAGGUGUGGACACCUCUGUGAUGGUCAGUAGGUGUGGACACUUCUGUGAUGGUCAGUAGGUGUGGACACUUCUGUGAUGGUCAGUAAGUGUGGGCAAUGUUGUAAUGGUCAGGGAACCCUAAUUCAAGAAGCAGGGGUUCACAGUUUAAGGAUCUGGGAAGGCCUUUUAGGAUAGAGAUGAGAGGAAUUUCUUCACCUAGAGAUAGGUGAGCCAGUGGGAUUCUUUGCCACAGGAAAUCAUUGAGACUCUACGGUUGGGUUCCUGUGAGUGAGGGAUUGUAAGGUUUUUUCCAAUGAGUGGGGGACUAUACAGUUAGGUUCCUUUGAAUUAAAGACUGUAAGAUUGGGUUUUUGUAAGUGAGUGACUGCAUGUUUGGGCUCCUAGAGAGUGAGGGACUGUAAGGUUGUGUUUCUGAGAGUGAGGC